AUCCUCACCCUGUCCUUGUGAGCACAGGGACAGCCAGCUCGGCCUUGCAGGGAGCAGAAGAGCAGGAAUCUUCUCCCAGAACUUUUCCCCUCGGAACAGCUUUGCCAAAACUCGGGACAGUCAGAGCCAGGGGCUGGAGCUGGAGCUCUUUGGCCCCAAGAGUUAACCCGGCACCGCACCUUGCUUUGUCCCGCAGAGACCGAGAAAAGGGCGGAAAAAAAAUCCCUCCUGUGCCCUCCUAAACCUGGACAAAACAGGUUUUUAAUGAAAGCAGCACUUAAUCAUUAUUCAGCGAAUUCAGAGCGGCGGAUAUUUGAUGCAAACACAGAGUUGGUUGGAACUCUCCCGUACCGGCUCCCUCUUUGUCCCUCCGUGAGCCUGGGAAUGGGUGUGAUCUCCGGGUAGGAGUGUCUCUGCGGUUAAGAAGAGGAUUGAAUUACCGAACAGUGCUGUUCCCGAGCUGACAAGGUAGCAGAACAGUGAACAAAAGUGCCUUGGAACUCGGCGGAGAGGAGAGGAGAGAAGGAGCUGGGCUCGGUGGACAAGGGGCACCUGCGAGGACAUCGCGCACUUUGCAGCCAGCUCAGACUGCAGGAUGACAGACGGUGACACAAAUCUCCCAACCAUCGAGAGAAAGCUGGGACUGCAGAUAUGGGGCAUAGAGAACAUGAAGAUGGUUCCUGUACCUGAAAAAGCUUAUGGGACUUUUUUUGAAGGAGACUGUUACAUCAUUUUACACACCAAAAGGACAUCCCGUGGCUCCGCUGUGGAUCUGCACUACUGGAUUGGCAAGGAUUCCUCCCAGGACGAGCAGGGUGCCGCGGCCAUGUACGUCACCCAGCUGGACACGGCGCUCGGGGGCAGCCCCGUGCAGCACCGCGAGGUGCAGGGACACGAGUCCGAGACCUUCCAGAGUUAUUUCCGCAAUGGGAUCAUCUACAAGAAGGGAGGAGUGGCUUCAGGAUUUAAGCAUGUGGAGACCAACAUGUACAACAUCAAACGUCUUCUUCACGUCAAGGGCAAGAAGCACGUGUCAGCCACAGAGGUAGCACUCUCCUGGGACAGUUUCAAUAAGGGAGAUGUUUUCUUGCUGGACCUUGGUAAAGUACUGAUCCAGUGGAAUGGACCCAGCUGCAGCAUUGCUGAGAAAUCCAGAGGUCUGGCUCUGGCUCGGAGCAUCAGGGACAGCGAGAGGGGAGGCCGUGCUCAGAUUGGCAUCAUUGACAACGAGAGGGACUCCCCAGACCUGAUGCAGAUCAUGAGGAUGGUGCUGGGCGAGAGGCGCGGGGAGCUCCGCGACGCCAUCCCCGACACCAAAGCAGACGAGCUGCAGAAAGCGAACGUCCGGCUCUACCAUGUCUAUGAGAAGGACAAUGACCUGGUGGUGCAGGAGAUUGCCACCCGGCCACUGACGCAGGAUCUGCUCCAGCACGAGGACUGCUACAUUUUAGACCAAGGUGGCUUCAAAAUUUACGUCUGGAGAGGAAAAGCCUCCAGCCCAGAAGAGAAAAAAGCAGCAUUCACUCGAGCUGUGGGUUUUAUCCAAGCCAAAGGCUACCCUUCAUCCACCAACGUUGAGGUGAUCAAUGAUGGAGCAGAGUCAGCCAUGUUCAAACAGCUCUUCCAGAGGUGGACAGAAAAGAAUGAAACACAAGGGCUGGGCAAGGUCUACACUACAGGCAAAAUUGCCAAGGUGGAGCAGGUGAAGUUUGACACCACCCAGCUCCACGCCAGACCUGAGCUCGCAGCUGAGCAGAGGAUGGUCGAUGAUGCCUCCGGGGAGAUCGAGGUGUGGAGGAUUGAGGACUUGCAAAUGCAGCCAGUGGACCCCAAGACAUACGGGCAGUUCUACGGGGGUGAUUGCUACCUGGUCCUGUACACCUACCUGAGGUCAGGCAGACCCCACUACGUCCUCUAUAUGUGGCAGGGCCGCCACGCCUCCGUGGAUGAAAUCACUGCCUGUGCCCUCAAUGCCAUCGAGCUGGACAAGAAAUACGGGGACGAGGCCGUGCAGGUGCGAGUGACAAUGGGCAAGGAGCCCAGGCACUUCCUGGCCAUCUUCAAGGGCAAGCUGGUCAUCUACGAGGGCGGCACGAGCCGGGCUCAGAAAGCCACACCCGAGCCGGUGAUCCGCCUCUUCCAGGUGAGGGGCACGGAUGAGGUGAACACAAAGGCCACAGAGGUGCCAGCCCGAGCCUCCUCCCUCAACUCCAACGAUGUCUUCCUGCUGACCACCAGCCAAGUCUGCUACCUGUGGUGUGGGAAGGGAUGCAGCGGAGAUGAGCGGGAGAUGGCAAAAAUGGUGGCUGACAUCGUUUCCAGACGGGACAAGCACACCAUUCUGGAAGGACAGGAGCCAGCAGAGUUCUGGGAAGCUCUGGGAGGCAAAGCACCUUAUGCCAAUGAAAAGAGGUUCCAGGAGCAGAUCACACAUUACCAGCCUCGCCUCUUUGAGUGCUCCAACCAGACAGGUCGGUUCAUCAUGACGGAGGUGGUUGGGUUCUGCCAGGAGGACCUGGAUGAAGAUGAUGUCAUGCUGCUGGACACAUGGGAAGAGAUUUUCCUUUGGGUCGGCAAAGCCUCCAAUGCACAGGAGAGGAACGAGGCAAUUGCCUCAGCUAAGGAAUAUCUCAAGACCCAUCCAGCUGGGAGGGACUUGGCAACUCCCAUCAUCCUGGUGAAACAGGGCUAUGAACCCCUCAACUUCACAGGAUGGUUCAACGCUUGGGACCCCUACAAAUGGAGUGAUGGCAAGUCCUACGAGGAAAUGAAGAACAGCUUGGGAGACGUGUCGGCCAUAUCCGAGAUCAAAGUGGACCUGAACAACCUCAGCCUGAACAAGAGAACCCUCAGCACAGCCAGCCUGGAUGGUUCAGGUACAGCAAAUGCCUCCUCGGAGUACAAAUCCCACUUCAGCCACAGUGACAGCAACAGCUACAGCAACAGCAACAACUACAACAGCAACAGCCACAGCAGCCCUGCCCUGGUGCCCAACGGGGAGGGGAUUUACUCCCGAGAGGUGCUGAUGCACAGGACGGUGGAUGAACUUCCUGAAGGCGUGGAUCCCACUAAAAAAGAGUGCUAUCUCUCCGAUGCUGAUUUCCAUGAUAUCUUUGGGAAGUCCAAGGAUGAGUUCUACCAGAUGCCCAAAUGGAAGCAGCAGAACGAGAAAAAACAAUUUGGACUCUUCUGAGACUGCAGAGGGCAUCUGAUGACUCUGGGACCAACCCCUGCUCCCUUAGGAGCUGCAGGAAAGAAGUGCAGGCAUUUGCUCGAUGAUCCCAACCCAGCACCCCAGUCCAACGCAGUUAUUCCAGCAGCCACUCUUCAGGGGAUGGCUCCUUUCCCCCUGCAAACCCAGAACCCCCAGAGGCAAAACCUUUUACAGGAACAGCUUGACAGGAUAUUUUUGCCUCUUCCUGACACUUUAUUGCUGAUAGCCAUGAAGACAAGUGUGUGCCACGCAACUUCACUGUAGCCUCAACUUUCCUCUUCCUUUUGCAAAUUGCCACAUGCACAAGGCCAUGAUCUUUCUUCAUUUGUAGAAGUUUAAAGUUAGUCAAGACAAAGGCCAUUUGUAGCUGCUGUGUAAAUUCUGGGUGGGGAGAGGAGGGGGAAGCCCUAAGAGGAUGGAGGGGGAGCCUUGAGGUCAGGAGAAAGGUAAUGGAGUAGCCAGAUGCUUGAUGGUGUAGUCUGUGGAAUGACAGCAGACAGUUCUUCCCCUUCUCACCUUGUAGAAAAACUACUCACCAAAGAACAGCAAUCAGUUCCAGAUUAACAUUCAUAGCCCAGGGCAGCUAAAACAUGUGAAAACCUGGUUUGGGGGAAAAAAGCACUUAUGAGCAUAUUUAUUAGCUGAUCUGUCUCAAGACGAUGAUUGAAAAAUCAGGCCAGACACAAAUGUCGAUUUUUGGCUGCCAGACAAGACUCUGUCUACUUUUUUUCUCAUUCAGACAGCAUCUGCAAUAUCACCUGGCCUCCUUGACCACGGCCAGGUGAAUGUCAGAGUCCACCUGCCCACAGAGCAGAGGCUUGAGGAAGCCAGGAGGGGUUUGGGUAUGACCCGAGGCAGAGGGUGUCCUACUGAAGCUUUUAUCAGAGCUCCAUCCCUGUGAUGUCCGUGGGGCUGAGAGUGCUGGUUCCACACUAUGGGAUCAGUCUGACUGGGGAGGGCAGUGGGAGAUGUCAGCAGUGAUUACGGGAUGGAACUGUAAACUAAAGGAAGAAACACCACCUUAAAAACUCAGACAAUGUGGGUUUGCAGCAUUACUCCAUUUCCAACCUGAUCAGUGAUUCCAAAUAAACAUCCAGCAGCAGCAGCAGCACUGGAAGUGUCCUUGAUCAGCAUGGGGGGUAGGAUGGCAGCAGAUAAAAGCUCUGCAGGGCCACAGAUCCUUCAAACACCUGGUCAUCAAUGGAAUUUUGGAUUUUUCUUUUAUUUUUUUUAAAAAAAGAACAAACUGAGGAGGUGGGGCCCCUUCUGUUCUGUUCUGUUCCACGUAGCUUGGGCCAUUUGUCCCACCAUGCCCAUGUACCCUGCUCCUGAAGCCCCCACUGCCAGUGAGCAGCAGUACCUGGCAGCUCAGCAGUUGUCCUGACUGCCCAGCCCAGCUGCAGGGAUGUGAGCAUGGAGCUGGGGAGCUCCAGGCUGUUGAUUGAGGGACAAAGAGCUCUCACUCAACAUCCAGGAUCACAUCACUGUGCUGAAGUGUCCCCAUCUGUCUGGGCUGGAGCAAGGACCUCCAGGUGAUGGGGUCUUCUGGACAGAACUUUGUGUUUAAGAAUUGGUAGUUAAAUAAACCCCAAACCCAUUGUUAUAUCCCUGUUCCUACCAUCACUUCAUUCCAUUUCUGCUUGAGGGUCCAGCCCAAAACCCACUGGAACCCCCUGUGCAGAGUAAGUGUCAAGCAGAGACACAAAUCAGCUGAAUUACCUGUGUGAUUGCUCCUGUUGUGCUCACGAGAGAUGCAAUCAGUGCACAAUGGCCAUGUUUCAACCUCUGUAGGCUCUGCUGGAAUCAGCAAUAUUUGCCUUGCCUUGCUGAGGAGUGCUGCUGCCAGCUCCCAGAUUCAUGAAUUGCAUGUGCUGCUCAGUAAGAUGCAGGAAUGCCACCUACCUGUGAGCCUAAUGUGCUUCACACAAUCAAAUGAAGACCAGCCAAAUUACAGUCAGAUUACACAGAUUAGGCCAGUUUGCUACGAAUUGCUUUAAUUCCUGUGGCCACCACGCACACCAACACGAGUGGAGCGCUCCUGACAGCACUCAGGGACCAGCCUGGGAUUCCACAGACCAUGGAGCCUUCUGAUAUCUGGGCCUGAUGGAAACUGCUGCUGCACUCCUCCUCUCAUGGGAGAGCUGCUUUUACUCCCCGCCUCUGAUUUCCAAAGGAAAGAUCGUCUCCCACCUCCUCCCUUUGGCACCUUUUGCUGUGAUUGUCAGUGGCCAUGUCCUGUUUCUGCUGCUCUUUUCCCCAGAGCUCUUCCCUCCAGUGGGACUCCAGCACAUCCUAAUCUUUUCAGAGAUGAGCUCACUUGAUAACAACAUGGACCACAUCCCUUCCUUUGGGAAGAGAGGAGACCUUGCAGCAUUGUCAUCAUGCUCUGCCCAUCCCAUCUCAGCUCCUUUCCCACCUGGCUGUAGUAGUUUUCCCCAGCUAUUCCUACCUGAAAAGGGAUGUUUUUUCCUCCCAUGAAUCUUGCCUACCUUUAAGUGCAAAACAGGCAGAGGAAAACCUGGCCUCUCUGAGCAAUCCAUCCAAGCCCACCCUGGCCAGCUGGUCCCCCUCACUUCUCUAGUGCCGGCCACAGCAGGCAGGUGAGGGCUUUAGCUCAAUAAUCCAACUGAAAUCGAAUCCUGCCACCCAAAAAAUGCAAGUAAUAUGUUCACAGCCAACCCAGCAGGCUGAUCUGACUUCACAGAGGAACAGAAUCACAGAAUGGUUUGCACUGGGAGGGACCUUCAAGAUCAUCCAGUUCCAGUCCCCUGCCACAGACAGGGACACCUCCCACCAGCCCAGGUUGCUCAGAGCCCCAGCCAAAGUGGCCUUGAACAUUCCCAGUGAUGGGGGACUCUCAGCUUCUCUGGGAAACCUCUUCCAGUGCCUCACUGCUCUCACAGGGAAGAAUUUCUUUCUAACUCGCCCCACAAGAGCCGGUGAUGAUACAAGUGAGGGGGCAGGAGCACUUCUUACCACCUUCACCUAUGCUUUUCAUCCCAUGGCUCCCUAAAACAAAGUGCUGAGAGCACACUGGGAGCAGGGACCAAACUCAGGCUGUCCCUGGGUGGGAGUCAAGGAUGUUCCAUCCUUGGCCUCCAAAUGAGUCUCCAAGAACGUGCCCCAUCCCAGAGGUGACCUGGGAGAGCCCUUGUCACUGCAGGGCCCCCUGCUCUGCCUCGCUGGCCACUCUUGAGCUCUUCCAUCUGGCUGGUUGUUAAUGCAGUAUCAGCCUUUGAGAGUUGGGUUUAAUUCACAUUUAAUCUGGCAAUGGUUUACAACAUCACACAGUAUUGUAGUCUAGAGGAAAAAUCAAUGUGUCCAGCAAUGUUUGCUGCAGCAUAACAAACUCCAGGGAGGACUAAAAGAAACCCAGUUUUGCAGUGGGCCCAAGAAUCACUAAAUCCAGGCUAUUUUGGACUAAAAAAACAAAAUGCAUAUCUUUAAAAGGACAUUAACAUCUUUGGUAUCAGCCCCUCAUCUUCACCACCAGGAAUCAAAACUCCCAGGAAGAAUUUAAGAAAUUUAGCAGGUCUAUCUCCAAAUUCAUGUAUGUUGCAUUCAAGUAUGACAAAGAGCCAAACAGUGAAGUAAUUGAACACUUCCAGAUUUUUUUUUAAACUUUUAAUAGUCUAACAUACUGUUAGUAACACAGUUGGCACUUCAAAAUAUAUAUUAUUUUAUUUCAACAAUAUUCCCUUAACUCUGUAGUUCUACUUGAAGACAAAUCACUUGCUGCUAUAAAUACUGUGUUGUUUUCAAAACACUCUUGUGCUGGGUUACCUCUACAGUGCAACUGGGACCUGCUAGCACUUACAACAUCUACUUCCUCUCUGUUAAAAAAUAACAUUUUUCUGUAAAACACAAAAUUUUACUGUAUUAAAAAAAAAAAAAAAAAAAAAAAAAAAGAAAAAAGAAAA